GCUCUGGCUUCCUCUCCACACACCACUCAGCUGAUGCCUGCAGCCACGCGUGGAUCCAGAGCCAGGACCAUCUGCUAGAUUUGGAGAGCAUCUCAAGAAUGAGAUGGAUUCCCCCGAGAAACCGGAUAAGAACAGCUUAGUGGGCAUCAACAAAAGCCGGCUUGGUGUGUGUGGCUGGAUCCUGUUUUUCCUUUCCUUGCUGUUGAUGCUCCUUACCUUCCCCAUCUCCAUAUGGAUGUGCUUGAAGAUCAUUAAGGAGUAUGAACGUGCUGUUGUCUUCCGACUGGGACGCAUCCAAACUGAUAAAGCCAAGGGACCAGGUUUGAUCCUGGUCCUGCCCUGCAUUGACGUGUUUGUCAAGGUUGAUCUCCGAACAGUUACCUGCAACAUUCCUCCACAAGAGAUCCUCACAAGAGACUCUGUGACCACCCAAGUGGAUGGAGUUGUCUACUACAGAAUCUACAGCGCCAUCUCAGCGGUGGCCAAUGUGAACGAUGUUCACCAAGCCACAUUCCUGCUGGCUCAGACCACUCUGAGAAAUGUCUUAGGGACCCAGAGUUUGUCCCAGAUCUUAUCUGGGCGAGAAGAGAUCGCCCACAGCAUCCAGACGUUGCUUGAUGAUGCCACUGAGCUAUGGGGAAUCCGAGUGGCCAGGGUGGAGAUCAAAGAUGUCCGGAUUCCUGUGCAGCUGCAGAGGUCCAUGGCAGCUGAGGCUGAGGCCACCCGGGAAGCCAGAGCCAAGGUGCUUGCAGCCGAGGGAGAAAUGAACGCCUCUAAGUCCCUGAAGUCGGCUUCCAUGGUGCUGUCGGAGUCCCCCGUCGCCCUCCAGCUGCGUUACCUCCAGACCUUGACCACCGUGGCCACUGAGAAGAAUUCCACCAUUGUCUUUCCCCUGCCUAUGAACAUACUGGAGGGCAUUGGCAUCAGCUAUGACAACAAUAAGAAGGUCAAUGCUAAAGCCUGAGGUCUUCCAAGUGACCCCCGACUGCUUAGAAAGGCCUUUCUGUACCAUGAGAAGGCAGCCCUUAGAAAAGAGGGAGGUCAGCACCCUGCA